AUGGCUCUUUUCAUAUCAAAUCUCUUCAUUUUAUUCCUCUUUGAUCUAAAUUGGGCAAAGUAUUCACGCGGAAUAAUCGCCACAACUUCUGAGUAUAUGCCAUGGGUCUAUUUGGAUCGAUUUUGUUUUGUCACGGAAAUGGGAACGUUGAACUUUACGAUCAGAUAUCCAACGGAUAUCGGUGUCCAAAGUCUUCUCCUUUACUAUGACACUCCAGAUCAAUGGGAUGCUGUCUAUGAUACUGCACUUACAUGUGAACAACGAGUAGCUGUUUUGGAUCCAGAAAAUAAUCAGCAAAUAAAAUUGACUCCUUCAGAUGAUAGAUUUGAUUCCACAAUAAUUGGAUGGUUAUCAUAUUUGAUUUCUUCAAUCACCACUGCUACUAAAUAUCCUGCAAAACGAUCGUUUUACUAUGUUUUGGGAGCACUGAUGACGUUUUGGUUUUUCAUGGGUCCAAUCUCUUUACUGAUAGCUAACUUUGUUCUCGAUGAUUGGGUGAGGGAAGAAGUGGUGAAUCUUGUCGAAUGUUGCGUCACUUUUUACGGGUUCUUCGUAUUCACGAUUUUAACAUGGCCUUCAUCCGCUAAUCACAAUUUCCCAUUCCAUGUCCGAACAACACAAAUUGGCGAUAGUUAUCAAGGAGAUUUCCCACAAAGCACUUAUGAGGUUCGAUACAGUAAUGGAAAUGGAGAAGCAAAUAUUGAACAGAUUAGGGAACUUUCACCGGGAAUGAUGAGAAAUGGAAUGGUCGAUGAAAGGAGAAGUACAGCGAACACUCCAAGA